AUGGCCAUACCUCCUCCCUCUCCUUGGUCUCCACUCUUCCUCCUCCUCCGCUUCCUCCUGCUCCUCAUCUCCUCCCCGCUCCCCCUGCAGGCCCGGCCUCUCCUCCUCCAAUCGUCCAUCAACGUGGCGGUGGUCUUCAGCGGCUCCAGCUACCAGAAUGAGGUCAGGGGUCGUCUCAGCGGGGAGAACUUCGUGGACCUGCCCGUGGUGGUCAGCCCCGUGACGGUGCUGGUCAACGACACCAACCCCCGGGACCUGCUGACGCGCCUGUGUGACACCAUGACCACAGAGAAGCUGCACGGCGUGGUGUUUGAGGACGACGUGGGCUCCGGGGCCGGAGUUCAGGUGGCAGAAGUGGCCCAGAUCCUGGACUUCCUCUCCACUCAGACAGCUCUGCCAAUCGUGGGCAUCAGCGGUGGCUCGGCAGUUGUCAUACCAUACAAGUCAGAGGGUUCCUCCUUCCUGCAGAUGGGAGCGUCUCUGGAGCAGCAGAUCCUCUGCAUGUUCAAGAUCAUGGAGGAGUACGACUGGGGCGAGUUCGCGGUGAUCACCAGCUUGAUGCCGGGAUACGACACCUUUGUGGAUAUAGUGGAGGCCUACACAGACACGUCCUAUUUCCUGUGGAGGCUACAGGAUAUAGUGACCCUGGAAAUGUCUGUUGGGUCAAAUGAUGCGAGGACAAAGCGCAUGCUGCAGCAGGUGGACUCUCAGGUCCUGAUGGCGUAUUGCUCCCACGACGAGGCUCAGUAUCUGUUCAGUCAGGCAGCGGAGGUGGGCCUGCUGGGGCCGGGCUACAUCUGGAUCCUGCCCAGUUCGGCCGUGGGCAACCCCGACAGCCCUCCACCUGUCAGCUUCCCCAUCGGCGUGAUCGGCGUGAUAACGGACCAGUGGAGGAAGAGCUUGCGGCAGAGGGUGAGGGAGGGAGUCGCCAUCGUGGCCAAGGGGGCCGAAAGCUUCAAGAAUCAGUACGGGUUCAUUCCUGAGGGACACGGGGACUGCAGCAAGCCGGCGAAGCCCUCCAACAACAACACUCUGUUCAGGCACAUGCUGAAUGUGACGUGGGAACGGAGAGACCUGUCCUUCAACAACCAGGGCUUCCUCUCCCACCCCUCCAUGAUCAUCAUCGCCCUGGACAGGGAGCGACUCUGGGACAAGGUGGGCACCUACUCUCGGGGGAUCCUCCAGGUCCGCUACCCUGUCUGGCCUCGGUACGGCAGCUUCCUGGAGCAGGUGUCCGACGACCGGCACCUGACCGUGGCGACGCUGGAGGAGCAUCCCUUCGUCAUGGUGGAGAACGUGGACCCCGGCACCGGCACGUGCGUCCGCAACACGGUGCCCUGCAGGCGUCAGUCCAACCGCACAGAGAGCUUUACCGGCCAGUCGGAGUCCUACAUCAAACUGUGCUGUAAGGGCUUCUGCAUAGACAUCCUGAAGAAGCUGUCCCGCACCAUCAAGUUCUCCUACGACCUCUACCUGGUCACCAACGGGAAACACGGCAAGCUGGUGCGUGGGACCUGGAACGGCAUGAUCGGGGAGGUUGUGUACAGACGAGCUGACAUGGCCAUCGGCUCCCUCACCAUCAACGAGGAGCGCUCGGAGAUCAUCGACUUCUCGGUUCCGUUCGUGGAGACGGGCAUCAGCGUCAUGGUCGCCCGCAGCAAUGGGACGGUUUCUCCAUCUGCCUUUCUGGAGCCCUACAGCCCAGCAGUGUGGGUCAUGAUGUUCGUGAUGUGCCUGACCGUUGUGGCGGUGACGGUUUUCGUGUUCGAGUACCUCAGCCCAGUUGGCUACAAUCGCAGUUUGGUGAGGGCCAAAGAUCCUGGAGGUCCAACCUUCACCAUCGGGAAAUCCGUGUGGCUCCUGUGGGGUAUCGUCUUCAACAACUCUGUCCCCAUCGAGAACCCCAAGGGAACCACCAGUAAGAUCAUGGUCCUGGUGUGGGCCUUCUUCGCCGUCAUCUUCCUGGCGUCCUACACCGCCAACCUGGCUGCCUUCAUGAUCCAGGAGCAAUAUAUCGACACGGUGUCCGGCCUCUCCGACAAGAAGUUCCAGAAGCCUCACGAGCAUUACCCUCCCUUUCGCUUCGGGACGGUCCCCAACGGGAGCACGGAGAGGAACAUCCGCAGCAACUAUCCCGACAUGCACAUGCACAUGAUGAAGUACAACCAGAAGGGGGUGGAGGAAGCACUCGAAAGCCUCAAAACCGGGAAGCUGGACGCCUUCAUCUACGACGCUGCCGUUCUGAACUACAUGGCCGGGAAGGACGAGGGCUGCAAGCUGGUGACCAUCGGCAGCGGCAAAGUGUUUGCCACCACGGGAUACGGCAUCGCGCUGCAGAAGGACUCCCGCUGGAAACGGCUCAUUGACCUGGCGCUGCUGCAGUUCCUCGGAGAUGGAGACACCCAGCGCUUGGAGACGGUGUGGUUAUCGGGCAUCUGCCAGAACGAGAAGAACGAGGUGAUGAGCAGCAAGCUGGACAUCGACAACAUGGCGGGCGUCUUCUACAUGCUGCUGGUGGCCAUGGGCCUCAGCCUGCUGGUGUUCGCCUGGGAACACCUGCUCUACUGGAAGCUGAGACACUCCCUCCACAAGUCUCACAAGCUUGACUGUCUGUUGGGCAUCAGCAGGGGUAUUUACAGUUGUUACAACGGAGUAGAGGAAACGGGGCGUUCUUCCGGUAUGGCCAAACCUGACCUGACCUCCAACUACGCUCAAGCCAACAUGCUGAAGAUGCUUCGUACUGCCAAAGAUCUGGUCUCCACUGCCAAUGUGGAGAGCUCCCUGGACAAUGCCACCAAGACGAUAGAACACUUGAGCCGUCAUGGCGGCAGCUUGCCUCUUCGUGUGCCACAGAUCUCCACUGAGUCCGUACCUGGAGGAUUUGCGUAUAUAACUGAGAAUCACUCCUCCCUCCCGCAGCGCUCGCUCACCCCACCUCUGGUAGCUGUUACCUCUCUGAAGCAGCAUAGGAGCAUGAGGCCCACGCCGCUGCGCUACACCCUCCCGACUCGCUCUACUCCCUGUCUGUAUGACCGUCAACUUCCUGUUUCCAGCCUCAGCAACCCCCACUUGGCCGUCGGUGAGCCCCUCCCUCAUCAACACCCACACCAUUACCAGACCACCGGGCGACUUUACGUAGACUCUCACUCGCCGUUUGUCCCCUAUGGUGAUCUACAACUACCCGACAUCUACGCCUCCCACUCGGUCGCCUCGCCUCAGAACCAGCAUGUCCCAGUCGGCCUCACCCGACGGAAAAGGAGGUCCAAGAGUUUCCAGUGUGAGGAGGAGGAGUUGGAGAGGAGGAAACACAGGGACCAGGAAAUGAACAACCAAAGUCCUGUCUGUAUGAGCGAGCUGAAAGUCAACCACCUCCAAGAAAACCACCUCUCUGCUGCCAGCGCUGAAAGCAUAUACACAGGGGAGGGUGUGGGUCCUCGGGUGGAGAACUACGGCUCCUGGCCGCCAGAGGACCUCAUGCUGAGAGGGAGACGCAGGCACCGCCGCCCUUCUUUCCUCAAAGCCACGUGGGGCAGCGAGCAAAUCCGCCAGCUCGACGAAUCCCAGUCGUCCCUCUCCAGCCAGUCACCUUCCACCCUGCCAGACCUGUUCCCAUGCAUUCUCACACCAACCACGCCCGCCAAGGCCUCCAACCCCGCCCACCUUCGAAACAACCUGUGCCUCUCACGGAACCAGGCCUACCUCCACAUCAGGCAGGACCAGAGGAGGCCCACUGGCCGUAAGGGCCAGAGGCUGCGCUACUCCCACUCCGCCCACCUGCCCACGUAUGGAGAAGCAGUGCGACAUGGGACUGGUUUUGGACGAGGGAUGGUGCGGAGGGCUACCAGCUUGCUCAGCAGACAGUACGCCCACUACCUGAACUCAUAUCCAGGACUACCCCUCUACCAUGGUCCACUGGACCUACAGCACCACAGCCAGGCUUCCAGCAACCCCAGCCCAGUGUGCCAGCUGUUGGCAUGUGGUGGCGGGCGAUGUGGGGCCCAGCGGGCACUGCUUUACCAGGACAGCGUAUAUGGGGGCUACGGGGUCUAUCAGGGGUCCCAGACUGGUUUAGAGGCACAGGGAUGCCAGGGAGCGGGGGGCCAGCCUGCAGGGAGCCCCUGUGUUCUCCGACCCUGGCGACGGGUGUCCAGCCUGGAGUCCGAGGUCUGA